AUGAGCUCCCAGCUGUGGCCAUCGAGGGUGCUUGGCAGGUCCAGGGGUACAGCUAUCCUGACAUCCCUCUGUCCGUAUCCCCCUCCAGGUGCCAUGUUUCUGAAACUCCUACUGCUCCUGGCCCUGCUGGGCCCUGGCAGCAGCCUCCAGCUGUGGGAGACCUGGGAGGAUGGAGCCGAGGAGGCCCCAGGCCCCCUGCUUGUCCGUGGCCGGAGAGAAGUGGAUGAGGACGACGCCGACAUAUAUGACUAUGACGUACAGACGGACCCUCCAGAAAUGCUUAACUAUAGCACCGAGGCUCCCAAGCUUCUGCCUGUGAUGGGAGCAUUGGAGCAGAGAGAGUCUGCAGGGCCUUUAACACCUGAGCCAACCACUCUGGAGGUGGCCACAAGGGACCCUCCUGUCCUGGAUGCAGGAGGGGCAGCCACUGGGAAUCUGAGCAUGGAACUGGUCAUACUGGUCACUCUGACCAAAGAACCAGUCACUGUGAUCCCUCCCAUCAUGGAGGAUCCAUCCACAGAAUCAGCUGCAGUGGAGGCCCUGUCCACAGGGCCAGCAGGCAGAGUGGCACUGGCCACAGAACCUGCAGCCACAGAGGCUGUGUCCACAGAGACCCUGCCCACGGAGCCAGCAAGCACAAUGGCACCGGCCACAGAACACACAGCCACGGAGGCCCUGCCCACAGGGGCCCUGUCCAUGGAGGCCCUGUCCACUGCCGUGGGGGCCCUGUCCAUGGAGGCCCUGUCCACAGAACCCACUGCCACAGAGGCCUUGUCCACAGAAUCCACUGCCACGGAGGCCCUGUCCACAGAACCCACUGCCGCAGAGGCCCUGUUCAUGGGACCCACAGUCAUAGAGGCUCUGUCCACGGAACUGGCCACCACAGCAGUUCUUUCCAUGGAUCCCACUACCACAGGGGCCCUGCCCACAGAUCCAGCCACUGUGAAGACCCUGCCCACAAGACCUACUACCACAAGGGGCCUAACCACAGCCCUCGCUGUGCCCUCUGACCCUCCCAAGAGCACCACUGUGGCAGUUGGCACUUCAUCUGAUAACUUGAUCUACAAAUGGAAAAAUGGUCAGAGUCUUUUCCCCCGGAACUCUGUGGCCCCAAGCCCCACAGAGGGCCUGCUUGACCCCAGCUCGGUGAAGCAGUGUCUGCUGGCCAUCCUCAUCCUUGCCCUGGUGGCCACCAUCUUCCUCAUAUGCACCGUGGUGCUGGCCAUCCGCCUGUCCCGCAAGAACCACCUGUACCCCGUGCGCAAUUACUCCCCCACCGAGAUGGUCUGCAUCUCGUCCCUGCUGCCCGAGGGGGGUGAGGGGCCAGCUGCCAUGGCCAACGGGGGCCUGCCCAAGGCCAAGAGCCAGGGCCUGAAGGCGGGGUCUGGGGAGGACCGCGAGGGGGAUGACCUCACCCUGCACAGCUUCCUCCCUUAG